AUAUCCUGUCUUGUUUGCAACGUAUUGCCCUUUGUGGGUAUCAUUAGCAAUUGGCAGUGCAUCAAAGCAAGAUUCUUUUACUUCUGGGACUAAGGAGUUGCCUUAGAGAAGCUCAGGGCAAUGAAGCAAAAAGCCCUUCUGGCCCUGGAUCCUCCAUUGGAGGCAGAGCUGGGAGAGGAUGAGGAAGAGCAAGAUGCAGUUGACCUUGGGGCAAGCGAGAGCCCAGGAAGAAGCCCUGGCAGUGCCGCUGGCAAGGGAUUCUGGGAAGGGUCUGCACAGAGCCCCUCAGAGGAGGACAUCGAUGGCACUGACAUGCGGCGCCGGCGCUUCCGGUGGUUCCGUUACCAGGAGGCCGAGGGGCCACGUGAUGUUUGCAGCCGACUCGAGGAACUUUGCCAUCAUUGGUUGAGGCCUGAUAUGUUCACCAAGGAGCAGAUUCUGGAUCUGGUGGUCCUGGAGCAAUUCCUGAGCACUCUGCCAAAGGAAAUGCAGAGGUGGGUCCGGAAAGGGGGAGCAGAGACCUGUCUCCAAGCUGUUGUCCUAGCAGAGGAUUAUCUGCUGAAGCAGCAAGAAGUCAGGAACCAGGAAGUUCAGGCAAAGAAGACUGUGUCAGGGGACCUGCUGAUCGAGGGGAUAGCACAGGAGCUUGAGGAAGAUGAUAUCUCACUGGGCACUGAAGUGGCAACAUUGAGGCAUUCUAAAUCACAUCCUCUUUCUGACAGAAUGGAAACAGUGGCCCAGCUAUGGAAUCCUGUCCCUCUGGAGAAGCUGGUGACUUUUGAGGAAGUGGCCCUGUGUUUCACUGAGGAAGAGUGGAGCAUGCUGGAUUCCAGCCAACGGGCUCUGUACAGGGAGGUCAUGGUGGAGAAUUAUGGGAAUGUGGCCUUGCUGGAACAUCUUCUGAUUCCCAAACCUGAACUCAUCUGUUGGCUGGAAGAUGAGGAGCUACGUGACCGCUGUAUCAGCACAGAAGAGAGAUCAGCAGGGUGGAAGCAUGAGAAUGAGGAGAAACCUUGUGAGAUAUGGGCAGAAAGAAUGAAGCAUCAAAAUGGUGGACAGAUUUUGGGGUUCCAGGGCGGACUGAAAAUGCAGGAUAGAAAACAAGCAGAGAAAUGGAAGAAUGAGUUUUUUUAUUCUCGGGAUGCUGACUUCUAUGAAAUAUCCCUUCAGCAAGAACAACAGAAAGCAAAGAAAAGGAACGAGUGUCCCGUGUGUGGGCAGGUCUUCAGUCACAAAUCCAGCCUCGUCACUCACCAGAGAAUCCACACGGGCGAAAAACCCUAUCAAUGCACAGAAUGUGGAAAGAGGUUCAACCGGAGGACGCGGCUCACUUCUCAUCAGAGGCUCCAUACGGGGGAGAAGCUGUACAAUUGCCCAGACUGUAGCAAGAGCUUCUGUGAGAAAUCAAGCCUCAAAGCCCACCAGAGAAUCCACACUGGGGAGAAACCGUACAAAUGCUUGAGCUGUGGGAAGAGCUUCAGCCGUAGCUCGAACCUGAUUACACACCAGAGAAUCCACACUAGGCAGAAGCCCCGCAAACGCUCCAAAAGCAACAUUGUCAUUUCUAUUCAAUCUAACUUCCCUCCCCAUAGGAUAAUUCAGACAGGAAAUGACCUGAGUAACCCCUCACACUUCAGCAAGAAUAUCAACAAUCCAUCGGGCCAACUUGGGCCUGAGGAUACGUACUCAGUGGAAGAGAUGUAUAAAUGUUUUGACUGUGGAGAAAGUUUUAAUGAGAGUUCAAGUCUUUUUAUCCACCAAACCAUCCAUUUAGAUGAGAAGUCCUACAGCCUCUGCCACGGUGGAUUUUGUGAUGAAUCCAGCCUUAUGACUCCUCAGGGAAUCCACCCAGGAGAGAAAACCUACAAAUGCACUGAUUGCGAGAAGAGUUUCAAUCGGAGCUGGAGCCUCAUUACCCAUCAGAGAUACCACAGAGGGGAGAAACCGUACAAAUGCACAGACUGCAGUGAAAGCUUUUGUGACAAGUCGGGCCUCGUCAGGCACCAGAGAAUCCACACAGGAGAGAAAUUGUACAAAUGCUUCGUCUGCGGCAAAAGCUUCAAUCAGAGCACCAACCUUUUUACACACCAGAGAAUCCACACAGGCGAGAAGCCGUACAAAUGCAUUGACUGUGGCAAGAGCUUUAACCAGAGCUCGCAUCUGAUUAGGCAUCAGAGGCUCCACACUGGAGAGAAGCCGUAUAAAUGCUCAGAAUGUGGGAAAAGCUUCACACAGAGUCCCAACCUAAUUCGGCACUGGAAAAUCCAUGCCCGUGAAAGCACAUAG